AUGAGUAACCGGAUGUGCUGUAUAGUUAAUUGUAAUAAUACUUAUAAAAAUAGUAAAAACGUGAUAUUCUACAGUUUUCCAAACAGACCACAUGAAAAAAAUUUAAAAGACCGUUGGGUAAAAGCUGUUAAACCAUUAGAUGCACAAUCACAAAUGUUAAAUGAUAUGAAAAGUAUAAGUGUUAGUACUCAAGUUUCAUUUGAUUUUGAUGGUACUGAAAAUUUUACUUUUGAAUGUACAUUCACUAAAACAAAUUGUGAUGUUAUGACACAAGCAUGUCUGCCAGUAACUUAUAAUAAUACUUUCCAAAAGCCUAAUACAGUUGACAUAUCAUGUGGUCCUGACACAUCUUUUGUAAAUUUGAAUUAUUUUAGUGGAUUUCAUUCAAUUUUAAAUGAGACACAAUUAAAAGAUCUUACCGGUACUACUUUUAAGAUAUUCAGUCUUUUACUUUCACUGAUACCUGACUCAUCAAAUAGUUCUGUUACUAAGGAAAAUAGAUUAUUAAUAUUUCUUUUAAAAAUUAAAUUAGGCAUAACUUACUCAGCUAUUAGCGUACUAUUUAAUAUAAAUCCCACAACUGUAACUAGAAUAUUUUAUAUCAUAUUGCACUGUUUAGCUAACCAUACAAAUCAUUUUAUUUUUUGGCCCAAUAAGAGAACAGUAAUUAAUACCUUACCCAAAGCAUUCAAACAAAACUAUCCCAAUUGUCGGUGCAUAAUUGACUGUACUGAAAUCAAAACAGAGCAGCCAAGCACUGUUGAACAAAGAGUGUACAUGUUUUCACGUUACAAAAAUGCUCAUACUGUUACAGUGCUAGUGGCUAUAAAUCCCAGUGGUUUAAUCUGUUUUCUAUCCAAGUCAUAUGGUGGUAGAACUAGUGAUUCAUUCAUUACUAAUGAUAGUGGAUUCUUAUCGAAAUUAGAACGAGCAGAUAAGGGGUUCCCUGGCAUUAAAGUAGCAUUGGAAGGUUCAAAAAGUAUUCUUGUCGUACCACCUAUUUUUCACAAUGGUCAUUUUUCUGAGGAUGAAGUAUUAGAAACAUAUACCGUUGCUAGUGUGCGUAUUCACAUAGAAAGAGUUUUUGCAAAAUUAAAAACAUAUUUAAUUUUAAAUAAAAUUACUAUGGAUUUGCUACUAUAUGUUGAUGAAGUACUUUGUAACAUUUGUUGUGUGUUGACAAAUUUGCAAAAUCCUAUAAUAAAUGAUAAAUAA